CUCGGGAGAAGAGCGAUGUCUGCAAGAGUUUCUGGGUUCCCUGUCCUCCUCCUCCUUGUUGUUGCGUUUCCCGGUGCAGGACAUGCAGCAAGACAAACUGUAAAUCAGGAGUUGUCUAACCUUUUCAACGAGCUGUGGAGGCUGGAUGUGAACCGCAUGACACCUGGGGUAGACUACUCCAUCUCUGUUCAGGCUAAAGCUGGCUUUGUGAACCAAGGCAGCCACGUCGUGCAGGACCAUGCCUCACAGCCCCUGUUCUCCAACGUAAAUGAAACCAAGCUGAGGACCAUAACAACUUUCUCCCGUUUCAUGAAACUUCUGGACAACUAUGAGAGGUCCACAGGUAUGACGGAGCAGGUUACACCAGAGGAGGUGACAGAGAACAACCUCUUCCUGGAUGCAGUCUUACGGACAGAGGUCAUGAAGCGAGCCCACAGGUACCUGGUCAGCAAGGGCAAGUCCAGGUCUGACCAGAGGCAGUUCAAGAACCAGCUGUACUCGAUCUGGUUCCACCAAUACCACAGAGACAGAAAUGGAGGUGUGGACUCCUGUGGAUUCGAGCACGUGUUCGUUGGAGAGACUAAAUUUGGACGAGAAAUUAUUGGUUUCCACAACUGGGUCCAGUUCUACCUGCAGGAAAAGAACAGACACUUGGACUACAAAGGAUACAAGGCCAGGGAAAAUGACGUUCCUGAUCAAGAUGACUAUGUCCUCAAUCUGCAGUUCAGCUGGCAUGGUCUAGUGAAGCCCCUUGGCAGUGCCUUCAUUGGAGUCAGCCCAGAGUUUGAGAUGGCCCUCUUCACCGUUGUAUUUCUCAUGAACACGGACAGAAGCACCACUGUGCUGGUGAACAUUGACCAGUGUCAGAUGGAGCUGGUCGUCAUCAGGCAUGGACGCUCCCUUUGGACCGCGUAUCCACGACUGUUCAGUAGCAAUAGCAGACAUUCACAUUGAAAUGAAUGUCAGAGUGAAGCAGGCUUUGAAGUUGCAUGCGACCGAAUAUAUAUAUAUAUAUAUAUAUAUAUAUAUAUAUAUAUAUCUUUUUUCUGAGUGACUCAUGGCUUAUGUAAAACACAAUAUAGAUGAGAAAAAUAUGUGAUUACAUUUAGUUUUAGAGUUAUACAGGUUCUUGCUUAUGCAUAACAAAAUGUAGGCUCACGUAAAACCACAUAAAGGACAAAAUAGAUGUGAUUAAAUUUGAUUAUCCGUGCACGUUACAGCACAUUUCCGCAGGCUUUGCGGGAAAUAAUUCGAAAGUUUUUAUGGAGUUUGUGUACACACAUAAGCAUUUUUAGCGUAUAUAGCUUUCAUGCAAUACU